CUUCAAUUCAUUCCUUUUCCUCUCCAUCUUCUCCACCCUUACCCUACACAUUCAUCUAUUCUCUAGCUCACAUUUUCUUCAACAAUUUUUUUUAAAACAAAAAACAAUGAAGCAUCAUUUCCUUGUUCUCCUCUUCCUAGUUAUUGUUCUCCAAUGUUGUUCUAUAAGGUUAGCUGAAGCACAAGCCGCCGGACCGGCGCCUUCUGGUCCGACCAACAUUACAAAAAUCCUCGAAAAAGCCGGCCAGUUCACGACAUUCAUGCGGCUCCUUAAGAUCACUCAGGUUUCUGAUCAGAUCAACAAUCAGCUCAAUAAUUCUAACCAGGGAUUGACGGUUUUCGCCCCGACGGAUAAUGCGUUUUCCGGCCUAAAAGCCGGCACUCUUAAUUCCCUGACCGAUCAGGAGAAAGUGGAAUUGGUUCAAUUUCAUGUUCUUUCAUCGUUCUUUUCAAUGUCGCAGUUCCAAACGGCGAGUAAUCCGUUGAAGACGCAGGCCGGGGAUAGCGCGGGGUCGUUUCCGCUGAACGUGACGACAGCGGGGAAUCAGGUUAACGUCAGCACUGGCGUGGUGGAUUCCACGGUGGCAAACACGGUUUACACGGACGGACAGCUGGCGGUUUAUCAGGUGGACAAGGUGCUUCUUCCUAUUAGCCUGUUUGGCCCGCCGGCUCCCGCGGCGGCUCCCGCGCCGGGGAAGGCGAAGAAGAAGGCGAAGGCCGCGGACAGUCCCGUCUCCGGCGAAGACGCUUCGCCGACGAGCAGUUCCGGCGCGGUUGGGGUUGUGGACGUGCAUGGCAUGGUGGCGGCGGUGGUUAUUGGGGUUGCUUCGAUUGUUUUCAUGUUGUAACGUUGGAAUUCAAGGGUGAAGAUUGUGCCACGUGUGAAGUGUGAGAAUAUGAUGGUUGUGCCGAGUUGGAUUUGGACGGUAGUGAUCUAGUGAGUGCCUUCUGAAUAAUUGUUACACUUUAGUCUUUUCCUAUGCACAAGCUUUGUAAGGAUAUUCAAUUUUGAAGUGUUUUAUUAUUUCUUGAAUUUAAUUUUUUCAAAGUUAUAUUUUCAAGUCUUGCUAUAUAUAUUAUAGCCAUGUAAAAAUUUGCUUUGUGCUAUUAUUUUCUACGUUAAGAUUUGUCGAUA